AUGCCCGCCGUCGAGCUCGUCCGCGCGCUCGAGACGACGCUCAGCGGCGGCCCGCUCGUCGCGGUGCGGGACGGCGCAUGGUGCUGCCUGCUCUGCGAACGCCGCUUUGGCUCGGAGCGGCACAUCGCGCGCCACCUCAGCCGCAGCAAGUUGCACCGCGACAACUACGCCUCGGGGCUCACCGCACGCCGCAUCGGGGAGCCGUCCGCUGGGCUCAAGCGCGCGCGCGACGACGGCCCCGCCUCGACGCACCUCAAGCCGGCGGAGCCCGCCGCGGCCGUUGGCAUCGGCAUCGGCGCCGGAGGCGGCGGCGGCGUGAGCGCGAUCGAGCAGAUGGAGAUGGUGCAGCAGCGGCUCGCGGCGGCGUCCAAGGCUUCGGCGAAGAAGCCUGCGCGGCGCGAGAGGGAGCGCGACCACCACGAGAGCGAGGUGGACUCGAACAAGGCGCGCUCCAUCAACGGCCAGCUCGACUGGGAGUGCUCCGAUUGCGGCUCGUUCAACUUUGCGCGGGUCGUCGUGUGCCACACGUGCAACAAGCACGUCGACGGGCAGACGCGGUACCUCAACAACCGGCUGCACGAGCUCAAGCAGGCGCGCUGCCCACGGCCCCGAAACCCGCCCCGACGCCCUCCCUCCCUCGGAAGAUAG